CUGCGCCUACAGUGACCGUGUAUCCCGCCAAGACCCGGCGCCUGCAGCACCACAACCUCCUGGUCUGCUCUGUGAACGGCUUCUAUCCAGGCCACAUUGACGUCCGCUGGCUGCGGGACGGCCAGGAGCAGGAGGCGGGGGUCGUGUCCACAGGCCUGAUCCGGAAUGGAGACUGGACCUUCCAGAUCCUGGUGAUGCUGGAGACAGUUCCCCAGAGCGGAGAGGUCUACACCUGCCAAGUGCAGCACCCAAGCCGGACGAGCCCGCUCACCGCGGAAUGGACUCCAGCUGGCCUGCUAAAGACACCUUUGGAGCACACGGUCUACAAAGGAAAAGCUCCUAAACAGCUCUACUCCUUCAACACUGGGAGACGUUGCUGUUUCACCUAA